GGGCCAGACUUGCUAAACACUCGCGAACCGGACCGGACUCCGCUCCCCGCGAUGGACGAUCUGCUGCAGGCUGGCCAUGUGGUGAAGGAACGAUGGAAGGUACUGAAGAAAAUUGGUGGCGGCGGCUUCGGCGAAAUAUACGAGGGCCAGGAUCUGAUCACCCGGGAGCAGGUGGCGCUGAAGGUGGAGUCGGCCCGCCAGCCCAAGCAGGUCCUCAAGAUGGAGGUCGCCGUACUCAAGAAGCUGCAAGGGAAGGAGCAUAUCUGCCGCUUCAUCGGGUGCGGGCGAAACGAUCGCUUCAAUUACGUCGUGAUGCAGCUGCAGGGGAAGAACCUGGCCGAACUAAGGCGCUCGCAGGCACGUGGUGCCUUCUCGCUCAGCACAACGCUGAGAAUUGGCCUCCAAAUACUGAAAUCGAUCGAGUCCAUCCAUUCGGUCGGCUUUCUUCAUCGUGAUAUAAAACCAAGUAACUUUGCCAUAGGAAGACUACCGCUCACUAGUCGUAGGAUCUACAUGCUAGACUUCGGCUUAGCUAGGCAGUACACAACCGGAACGGGUGAGGUGCGAUGUCCUCGAGCGGCGGCAGGAUUCCGCGGUACCGUACGGUACGCUUCAUUAAAUGCGCACAAAAAUCGGGAGAUGGGCCGUCAGGACGAUCUGUGGUCGUUGUUCUAUAUGCUUGUUGAGUUUGUUACCGGCCAGCUUCCAUGGCGUAAAAUUAAGGAUAAGGAGCAGGUGGGAAUGUUGAAAGAAAAGUAUGAUCAUCGUUUGCUACUCAAGCACUUGCCUUCGGAUUUCAAGUACUUCUUAGAGCAUAUUCAAUCGCUAAACUAUGCUGACAAGCCGGAUUACGCAAUGCUAAUUUCGCUGUUCGAACGAUGCAUGAAGCGUCGCGGCGUGAAAGAAACGGACCCGUUCGACUGGGAAAACAACGCGGAGCAAACGUACAGCGCCGGUGGUGAAGCCAAAGCGAUCAACGCAGCCGUACCAAAGAGUGAACUAAUCAAAAAACAUAAAGAUAUCGAAAUGACCGAGGAGAAACGUAAGCCGAUCGUGGAUUCGGCCAAAGUCAUGCACACCGAGCCGAUAGAGUCGAUGAAGCCGCUGCAGCAGAGCGCGGUCACAGCCGCUGCGGCCGCCGCAGCCAAGACGGCUCAGAACAACCACCACGAUCCGAACGAGCCGAACGAGCUGAAGAUCCAGCAGGAAACCAAGACGGACGCGGCCCUGCCGUCGAUCGAGAUGGUGGUCGUCAAGAACGAGAUACCGCUGGUGCGGGCCCACACGGAGGUGAUGACGAAGCCGGUCAAGCACGGCAGCAACCGGCUACGAAUACUGACCGCGCCGCCGGUUAACAUCAAGGACUUCACCUCGUCGUCGGGCGACAAGCACCAGCAGCAGCAGCAGCAGCGCGAUCAGCAGCAGCCGCAUCACCACGCGCCGUUCCACCAUGGCAGCAACGACCUCAGCAACGUGUCGAUGGACCUGAAGGCGAAGCUGCUGAAGACGGAGGCGGACGACCUGUCCUACUCGCCGGCGGUGGACGGUGGUGGCGGGGGCGGCAACUUGCGCGAUCUCGCCCAGCACUGCCAUCAGUCGCAGACGACCAGCGCGUCGCAGAAGCACCAGCACCAGUCGCACCCGCUGCAGCAGCUGCGCGACCAUCAGCAUCAGCGCGACCACGACCAGCAGCAGACGCCGCAGCAGCACCAGCUCCACCAGCUGCAGGAGCAGCUGCAGCGCCAGAGCCACGCGCUCAACAAGAGCCUCCGGUCGCUGGGCAGCUCGACGACCGCCACCAGCAACAAGUACGCCGGCCGCAGCAUGCACACCGACGCGGACAAGAGCUGCCGGGACUACUCGAUCACGCAGCACGCCAUCAUCGACGACGAUAACGCGAGCCAGCACCAGACGCCCAAGUACCAGGGCGCGCUCACGCUGGCCUCGCAGUGGAAGAGCCAGUUCGACGACUCGGACGACUCCACCGACGGCCUCUGGAAGGGCGAGCAACAUUCCGAAAAUGCAUCGAAGAAGAACUACACUAACCUCAACAACAACAAGAGCAGCAUGGCCGCUUCGACCGCCGGCGGCGUGGUCGGCGUCGUCGGCGGCGGGAAUCAAGCUCCUCAGGCGUCCCCGCCGGCUCAGCAGCAGCCGCAACCGCCGGCAUUUCCAGCCACCAACGCAAACAACGAUCCGAAGGCCGAAGCCACCGCCCCCGCCGGAGGGCCCAAGACGAAUGGAGUCGGGGGCGGGGAGGAAGCGCCACCGCCGCCGCCGCCCGAAGAGGCCGCGGCGCCGGCCAAGGAGGAGGACGCGGCUGGUGCGGCGAACGGUGUUAGUGGUGCUGGUGCUGGUACCGUGCCGCUGUUCGACAAUUCCAAGGUGGUGGCGUCGGUUGCUCCGCCACCACCGCCGCCGGCCACCACCACCACCAUCUCGGCGAGCAUCAUGGCAAUACCGCUGGCCGGUGGAGCGGCCGGCUUAGGAACCGCGGACGCGACCGACGCCCUCAUGGCCGAUGUUACCGGCAAUGGCACCGUCGCCACCGUUCCCUAUCCACUCCAGUACGAUGCCGACGCGGGCGACGAAGCCGGCGAGGAGGAAGAAGAGGAAGAAGUAGAGGAGGAAGAGGAGGAGGAGGAGGAGGAGGAAGAAGAGGACGAAGAGGAAGAGAACGGACCGAGGGGGGUGGGCGUGGUCGGGCUGGUUGGCGGGUACACGGCCGUCGCGGGCGCCCCGGUUGCGGCCGGUGGCAACGCGGAACUAUCUAGUAAUCUCAAAUCUUAA